AUGAGACGCAGCUACCCGAGAAACAUGCUCUUGAAGCGGUCCUUUCAGAGCACUGAUUGUGAUACUCUGACUACAACCGAAGAGGAUGCAUUACCUGAAGCCUCCAGGCGAACAGUGUAUCAAUGCACCAUGAUCCAAGGCUCAAACAAAUUGGCGAUAUUGCUCAAGUCUCUGAAGGAUGCCCUUAACGCAAACCAACCCCGUGGAACUGUCCAGCAGAGAUGGGAUACUCUCAAGGACACCAGCCAUAGCACUGCACUGGACACUUUCGGGAGGAAACUAGACAAGACACUGAGCUGUAAGAAAAGAAAAGAACUUAUCUUUUGUGAAUUUUGCUCUUUUUAUUGUUUUAUCAUUUUUCUUUCUUUCUUUGUACCGAAUACUCUUCUUUCUUUCUUUGUACCGAAUACUCUUCUUUCUUUCUUUGUACCGAAUACUCUUCUUUCUUUCUUUCUGUGUACCGAAUACUCUUCUUUCUUUCUUUCUGUGUACCGAAUACUUUUCUUUCUUUCUUUCUUUGUACCGAAUACUCUUCUUUCUUUCUUUCUUUUGACCGAAUACUCUUCUUUCUUUCUUUCUUUUGACCGAAUACUCUUCUUUCUUUCUUUCUUUGUACCGAAUAUUCUUCUUUUCUUUCUUUCUUUGUACCGGAUACUCUUCUUUUCUUUCUUUUAUCAGAAUACUCUUCUUUUCUUUGUAUCUUUUCUUUCUUUCCGAUACUCUUCUUUCUUUCUUUCUUUGUACAGAAUACUCUUCUUUCUUUCUUUCUGUGUACCGAAUACUCUACAUCCUUUCUUUCUUUUGACCGAAUACUCUUCUUUCUUUCUUUCUUUGUACCGAAUACACUUCUUUCUUUCUUUCUGUGUACGGAAUACUCUUCUUUCUUUCUUUCUUUUGACCGAAUACACUUCUUUCUUUCUUUCUUUGUACCGAAUACUUUUCUUUCUUUCUUUGUACAGAAUACUCUUCUUUCUUUCUUUCAUUGUACCGACUACUCUUCUUUCUUUCUUUCUUUGUACUGAAUACUCUUCUUUCUUUCUUUCUGUGUACCGAAUACUCUUCUUUCUUUCUUUCUUUGUACCCAAUACUCUUCUUUCUUUCUUUCUUUGUACCGAAUACUCUUCUUUCUUUCUUUGUACCGACUACUCUUCUUUCUUUCUUUCUGUGUACCGAAUACUCUUCUUUCUUUCUUUCUUUCUGUGUACCGAAUACUCUUCUUUCUUUCUUUCUUUGUACCGAAUACUCUUCUUUCUUUCUUUGUACCGACUACUCUUCUUUCUUUCUUUCUGUGUACCGAAUACUCUUCUUUCUUUCUUUCUUUGUACCGAAUACUCUUCUUUCUUUCUUUCUUUUGACCGAAUACUCUUCUUUCUUUCUUUCUUUUGA